AUGUCCCAGCAGCACCAGCAGCACCAGCACCAGCACCAGCACCAGCACCAGCCGCAGCAGGGCUUUCUGUUCGUCGACGCCGCCCAAGCAAAGACAUCUCGCCAGGGCCGCCGCAAUGCCCGCUCGUUUGUCAUGCAGAAUGCGCGCAGGAAGAACCCGUGGUCGACCAGCAAACACGCUGCAAAGCAGAGGAAGCCCGGCAGCCCUGAGAGCACCAGCACCAGCCCCAACAGCGUAGGCACUUCUCCCUCGACCCAGACCCCCAACACGGCCACGCCAAGCCCUCCGCUCGCCCUGAAGCCCUCUGAUUACUUUCCUCCCCAAGACCGCCGCCACCGACCGCGCCCAAGACGAGACGUCUGCCCACACUGCCGUGUCGCCCGCUGCCGCCCCGGCGAGCGCCUGUGCCUGGCGUGCUUGGUCCGCCGCCCGCCGCCCGCACACGACCCCAGCAAUGAAUCGUUUGACCCCUUCCGCACCGCGUCUGUCGACGUCACCCGAAGCGUCUCGGAGCUGUUAAGCCAUUUCUCCACCGAAAUGGCGCCGGGAAUCAUUGCCGUCGACAUUCGCCAUCGCUCUACCCUGAUGAAGUCCGACUGGUUUGGCACCGCCAUAACUAACCAGGGCUUCAUGCAUAGCCUCUUGUCCACCAUUGCCCUGCAUGCCUAUGUCUUUGGCAAAGGCACCAUCGACGCCAUCCUGUACCAUCGCGCCCAGGCAAUUGCUGCUGUCAAUGCUGCCAUACUGACGCCAGAGGGCAUCUCGGACGCGAAUAUUGGCGCCGUCUUCAAUCUGCUCACCGUCGAGGAAAGCCUGCUGCUGCCGACCUUCAGGCUUGACGAGGACCACAUGGCCCAGCUCCAGAUACACCAGAAAGGUCUGCAAAGAAUGGUGCAGCUGCGCGGAGGACUCGGUGCGAUCAAGACAAAUCGCAUCCUCCAGGCCUUUAUGCUUUGGUGCGUAGACACCUUUCCCCCACGUCGCCGCCUGAACUGGGUUGGCAUGUGCUUACUGAGCACCAGGCACUCGACCGCUCACGCCGUCGCUUCGUUCCAAGCACCCAACCUCUCCACCUUGGAUUUCAUCAGCACCGCAAUCUUCCCACGCCACCCUCCGGGAUACCGGCCCAACAUUUCGCACCACUUGACCGACUACUGUCGCUAUGCAGGUAUCAAGUCGUCGCUAAACGCCUUGGUGGAGUCGGUCCUCGUGCUGAUAGCCGACCUCAAUGUCUGGUUCAGCGACCCCCAAAGCCCCCUAGAUCCCCUCGAUAUCCAAAACUUUGCCUGCGUCUUGGAGUGCUCGCUACUGGCAUGGCUGCGGGAGAACGAACAACUCGUCACGCCUCUGGAAGACGCCCUAUGCGUCGCCCUGCUCAUCUUCACCGUGCGCACCACCGAAGCCAUGAAGCUGCAGUCGCAUGUCCACCUCCUCCACUUUGCUGCAAGUAAGCGCCUCGAGAAAGCACUCAACUGCACCAUCCGAACCGAGUGGCAAAACUGCCCCGACCUUUUACUCUGGAUCCUGUCCAUCGGCGCCAUAUCAGCUGACCCCUCACCCGAAACGGCCUGGUUCGUUUACCAGACAUCGCUCGCCUGUGCUGAAUUCGGCAUCGACUCGGCCGAGAUGCUGCUCGAACGACUACACCUGUGCGGCUGGGUUAGCUACAAGCUAAAUAAAGCUGUAUGUCGCCUAUGGGCUAGUGUUGUUAAUCUCAGGCUCGCGCCAUAUUUCGAAGCGCCCUUCAAAGCUGAAGACGCCAACAGCCCCAUCGGACCUCUGCAGCACCAUGUCGCCGAACCAGACUUGGAUGCAUGGGAAAGUAUCGACUGGGCUGCUCUCAGCCUGGGCCACGACCGCGCGGACAAUGAGCAAAUCAAGACUUUGGGCACAGGACAUGGGGCCACGACUGGGACACCCAGUGAGACAUAUAAUUUUGGAAGUGGCUACGGGUUCGCAUGUACGUCUCACAAUGUUGAUAUGUGCUCAGAGGAUACAUAUCUACCCUCUCAUGACCCUCAUGACGGACGCUAA